AUGUCGCUGAAGAGCUUCUCGAGGGGCAACGCCGGUUUCGGCCGGUCAGCGGCGAAUGGUACGAAUUUUAUUGGCCGAGGUGGCAACACAGGGGGAGGCCGAUAUCGGGCUCCGCUGGAUGAUUCAAAAAAGGGGAUCGCGGCUAAUCACGGCUCCCGGCGGAUUCCCGUAGACCGCUCCGGACCAAAGUAA